CAUUUAAAUAUUUGGAUUCAGUCACGGUUACCAUGGAGACCUUCAGUGCAUCUGUCAAACCUGCAACUCUGAGAAGACUCAGUGAAGACUCCCAUCAUCACCUGCAGCAGUCAGUUCAACUUCAUCAACACAAGUUUGACUCACAAAUGGAGGGAGAAUACCUGGUAGAAGUGGAGAUAACCACCAGCAACGCAAUGAGCUCAUCAGAAGAAGAGCAACAGACGGCCACAAUUCCUGCCAGACCUUGUGGCGAGGGUGAGGAGAGAUUCGUGGGAGAACAAAUGGAUCCACAGCAGCCUGCCGACACUGUGGAGGAACCACACCGCUGUGACUGGUCAUUCCCAGGGCAUCUGAAGGAUCGUCAGAGUAGCAACCCUGGAAAAAAACCCCACACCUGCAACCAGUGUGGGAAGAGUUUCAGCCAGCCGGGAAAUUUAACGCGUCAUUGGCGUAUCCACACUGGAGAGAAGCCCUACACCUGUGAGCUGUGUAAGAAGAGUUUCACACGCUCUGGUACUUUAAAGGUUCAUCAGCGGACUCAUACUGGAGAGAAGCACUACACCUGUGAGCAGUGCACGAAGAGUUACACUCGACGUGAAAAUUUAAAGAAUCAUCAGCGGAUUCAUCGGUGGAUUGAUGCUGGAGAACAAAGUCCCACCUGUGAGAAGUGUGGGAAGGUUUUCUCAUCCAAAUCCUGUGCAGAUUAUGUACCUGAAUUGUCUGAACCUGAAAAAAUGACAUAAUCUGUAAAAGUUGUCACGAAAAUAUUUCAAUAAUAUUGAUACUGCAUGCAA